AUGCCGGCGGUGCACGGAGAUCGUCUGACGACCUUCGAGGACUCGGAGAAGGAGAGCGAAUUCGGAUAUGUCCGGAAGGUGUAUAUCUGUGCCUUUUACUUGCUUAUCUUUUGUUGAUUCAAGCAAUCAGUUGGAAGUCGCAUUUCUUGUUUUCUUCUCGUGUAAGACGAGGUUGGGGAGUGGAUUCAUUAGUUUUUUUAUGUUAUUGAGGAUGAUAAGGUUUGUUGGAGUACAAUUAGGUUAUAGGAGGUGAUUGGCCGAUAUAUCAAUCUGACUGCGGAGUUGGGUGAUUAAUGUACGGAUACAAGUAAAGCAGUCUAGCUGACAAAUAUUUGGGUCCUUUCGGAGGAGAUAUGAUCCCAUCCACCCAUUUCUUGUUGUUUGCUGGAGUUGUGCUGUCUAUCUUGUGGGUGCAUAAGGAAGCUCUAAAGGUUUGGCGCUCAUAGUGGAUACGAAUGACUGAAACUAGAGUCGCUAAAUAAACAUAUCCCUCUAAAUCAAUCAUUUUUAGUGAUCUUUAGCUUGUAGGGCCUGGGAUAUUUGCAGCAGUCUAAAACGGUGCUGAUUUGGCUGUGUUUGAUGAUGCCGACAAACUUUUAUAAGCUCGAACGCUGAGAGUUUCCUCUUCCACUUUCCUCUCCAUAUGGAUCGCAAAACUUUUGGAACUGAGACCAUCCACUCCUAUUAAAAUUAAUUAGUUUCUAAUUUAAUUUGAAUGCAAAAGACAUAAUUUAGAAACCAGCCCAGAGGAUUCCUUGUAACGCAAGCUUCUACAUUUUUUCCUUUCCAUUCUUUCUUCCUCCUCUCAGACUUGCUCCACAGAGCGUGUAAAACUUGCAAUGAAUGACCCCCGAUUGGGAACCAUUUAGCAGUGAAUCUGGAUACAUUACAACACAAUAUAGCAACACGUUGGCACAUAUAUUUAAGUGGAUAUUUAAUGCAAAAAUAUAAGGUUAAAAGCUGUUGAUUUAUGAUCUUGAAACAUUGGGGUUGAGUUUUUGUUGAAAUAUCUAUGUUAGCUUUUUGUCCCUUGGACAAGAUUCAGUUCAAGUUUGUUCUCGUCUCAUGCAUCAACCUUUUGAAAGUGGUGAAACACAUCUGAAUGGAAUGCUAGGAUCAAAGAUUUAUUUCUUCUGUAACUUAUUUACUUAUAAUUAAGACAACAUAAAUGAACUCAGCGAACAUUCAUGUAAGCAAAUCUCACUGAAAUAGUCACAUAGGACAUAAGCGAGUUGUACAUGCUAGCUUAAGUGACUUCCUAAAUGGGAGGUAUUUUACCAAGUGCUUAGAGGUGCUAUCGCUUGCAGGUGCACUACUUGCUCUAUCAAUUUCAAUUAGUGCUAUAUUUUUACAGGUAUCAGGUCCAGUUGUUGUGGCAGAUGGAAUGGGAGGUGCUGCUAUGUAUGAACUUGUGCGUGUUGGGCAUGAUAAUCUUAUUGGAGAGAUUAUUCGAUUGGAGGGAGAUUCUGCUACCAUCCAAGGUUUUUCGCUCCUCUCAAUGGCCUCUAACGAUCCCUCUUGUAUUUUUUUUCUGCCUAUCUUGGGGCAUAAUUUAAGUGAUGCUUUCUUUUAUGCAAUUUCUGUUAUGUAUUGUUGAUGUGGGAUGUGAGUCUAAACAUAUUGUCUCGUCAUCCAUUUUUAGUUUAUGAAGAGACAGCUGGACUAAUGGUGAAUGACCCUGUUCUCAGAACACGGAAGGUAAGUUCUAGGGAUGUUUUUCUAUUCAAGCAUAGUAGAUGGCAUAAUGGCUUUCCAAUUUUGACAUGCAUUACAUUUUCUGCAGCCACUUUCUGUGGAGCUAGGCCCUGGAAUCUUGGGCAACAUUUUUGAUGGAAUUCAGGUUUUUCUUCUUUCCAUGGAUUAUGUUUUCUAAUACAUUCUUUGAAACAGUUAUGCUGAGCUGAAUUUUGUUUCGUUUCGCAUUUCCCGCUGUAAUAUACAAGAUUUGAUUUUCUCAACACCUGUUCGCAAUUUUUUCUUUGACUCAGAGGCCACUAAAGACAAUUGCUAUAAGAUCUGGUGAUGUCUACAUCCCUCGUGGUGUCUCUGUCCCAGCGCUAGACAAAGAUAUACUUUGGGAUUUUGAGCCUAAAAAAAUAGGUAAGUGGAUGUGAUAAAUUGGAAUGUCAAUUGAUCGCACAUCCUUCCUGAACACUGUGCAUGGUGCGUUUUGCUUGUUGAAUGAGUUGUUGCUGAUCAUAAGUUUGGUUUUCCCCUUGUUUCAGCUGUAGGAGAUAUUCUGACGGGUGGAGAUUUGUAUGCUGUAUGUUUUAUAUCAUUAAACUACUCUGAUCCCUUGUCCAUAAAAUUGAAUUAAUUGUUCUCAAAUUGUCGGCUUUUAUUUAUCAUCAAGAAACCUAUUAAUCAUAAUUUUGGUUUGUACCAUGCAGACUGUAUAUGAGAAUACUUUAAUGGAACACUAUGUAGCGCUUCCUCCUGGUUCGAUGGGAAAAAUCACUUACGUUGCUCCAGCUGGUCACUACAGCCUUAAGGUCAUUCUUGUGACUUCUCUCCGAAAUUUCACGUUAUUCAUCUGUAUCUUUGUGAUGACAGGAAGUUUUCAAUAAUUAUUUGCUUUUGUGCUUUGAUUACAAUUGUAUACUUAGAGAAGACUCUGCCUUCAUUACUACAGGAUACUGUGCUUGAGCUGGAGUUUCAAGGCGUCAAAAAGCAAUUUAGUAUGCUUCAGGUUAGUACAUCAAACUUAUUGUUAAUAUUUGUCUUUCAACAUAUGAUGCCUGGCAUUCAACACGUGACUGUUUGAUACAAUAUUUUAUAGACUUGGCCUGUGCGUACCCCUAGACCAGUUGCUACAAAGCUUGCCGCAGAUACACCUCUCUUGACAGGGCAGGUAAAUGCCAAGUAUAAUCAAUGUUGGUUUUGCUAGAAAAGUUUCAGGUCGCUUGAUUUUUCUUUUACCAUUCAUUUUUAUCAUCAUGCCUGAUUUUUACGAUGAAGUUAAUCAUCAUCUGCAGCGUGUCCUUGAUGCACUCUUCCCGUCAGUGCUUGGGGGUACUUGUGCUAUACCUGGGGCUUUUGGCUGUGGGAAAACUGUUAUCAGUCAAGCACUUUCAAAGGUGGCUUCAUCAUCAUGGAUUUUUUUUUUCUUGCGCAAAAUACUUUUCCAUUUUGAGUGUCAUAAAAAAACAUAAAAUUUCGCUAACUCUCUUGUUUAUUGGAUUAUAACUCUUAUUUGUUUCCUCUUGUGUUCAGUACUCAAAUUCAGAUACUGUGGUUUAUGUCGGCUGUGGAGAAAGAGGAAAUGAAAUGGCUGAGGUAUGACGCUACAUUAUUCUAUUUAUUUACAGCUAUCUCUGUCAUUCUUAUCUAAUCAUCAUUCUAUAAUGUAGGUGCUUAUGGAUUUUCCACAAUUGACAAUGACAUUGCCUGAUGGUCGUGAAGAGUCUGUCAUGAAGAGGACCACACUGGUUGCGAACACUUCCAACAUGCCUGUGGCUGCUCGUGAGGCUUCCAUUUAUACAGGUGUGGAGUUGUGAUCAUCAUAAAUUGACUAGGAGAGCUUGAACAACUUGAAACAUACAAUUGCAAUCAGUGUUAGAUCUCCAUGUCAGCAACUAAUGAACUGUUAUGCUAACCACUUCAGAUAAAAAUAGUUAUGUUCAAAAUUGGAAGCAUUUUUCUUGUUGCCGGAGAUUCCAUUUAUGUCUCUGUUCCCCAUGAUUGAUAGCUGCUAAUUUGUUGAAUAGCUUGACUUUUAUAACAUUUAUGGUUGGCUAUUAUUUGCGUAUCCUGAAGCAGCUAUGGUUUAGAAGGUGUUGAUCUGUUUCUUUGGCUAAGUACUUUUUCGCUAUCUGUAUAAUUUUAACUAUCGGAUAUUCUAUUACCAGGUCUUUAGAAAAUGGCGGCUUCUUUUAAGUUCUCUCCUUUAAAAUGUCGUAAGACUACCUUUUGCUCCAUUUGGGAAGUAUAAUCUAAUGAUUCUGGAAAUUUUCAGGAAUCACGAUUGCUGAAUAUUUCCGAGACAUGGGGUACAAUGUUAGUAUGAUGGCUGAUUCAACAUCACGUUGGGCAGAAGCUUUGCGUGAAAUAUCUGGUCGACUGGUAAUUAUAUUUUUCAAUGGAUUUCAGUUGCAUAUUUUUAUUUGGUUUUCCUCUUUUGGAUCCUUGACUUCUUUAAGCUUGAUUUUUAUGCAACUAUGGUACGGUUUCUUAUGGCCAUGAUCAUUUUUUUCACCAUGGGUCCUCUUUUAGAAAAUAAAAAAGAGACCCAAAAAUAAAGGAACACAUAUAUUCCAUGUAUAAACAUUGCCUCCCGGAAAGUUAAUAAAUUGGUCACAUUUUCGUUACUGUCAUUUCAUGAACCAAAUGUAAAUUGAUUGGGAAUGAUACAGAUAACCUGGCCUGGCUGUUUGUGAGGUUUGUAAUGUAGAUAUUGUGGUUAACUUGACAACGUGAGGUGAAUUAAGGAAUAUCUAAUUACACCACAACAACAGAAUCUUAGCUUGGUAUUUCUUGUUCAGAAAAAUCUUAGUUUUCUUUUAAUUUUUGAUUUUGUUGCUUCCUAUCCAAUUAGGGAUUAGGGGUAGCUGACUCUCUGAUUUCCUAGAUUUUGUGACAUGCAUCGAUUUUGUGCUUUUGUUUAUGUGAACAUAUCAUUUCAGGCAGAAAUGCCGGCGGACAGUGGCUAUCCAGCUUAUCUAGCGGCACGUUUAGCCUCCUUUUACGAACGUGCUGGGAAAGUGAAAUGUCUUGGUGGCCCCGAUCGCACUGGUAGUGUAACGAUUGUUGGUGCUGUUUCUCCUCCUGGAGGUGAUUUCUCCGAUCCUGUGACGUCAGCAACUCUCAGUAUUGUCCAGGUACCUUCUAUCCCUCCUGGCAAAAGAAAACGGACAAAAUACAAAAACCACAUAUCAUUUGCCCCAAAUUGAGAUGCCAUUAUAAUUGGGUCAUGCACUAGCAAUCUUUUGCCCGGCCUCUGAUCAUUUGUUUUUGUUUACACAGGUCUUUUGGGGGCUGGACAAGAAGCUUGCCCAGAGGAAGCAUUUUCCAUCUGUGAAUUGGCUUAUAUCAUAUUCAAAAUACUCCAAGGUGCACAAGAUUUUUAUGUACAUAGUAUCUUCAAAAGAGUUUUUAUUUUUUUAUUUUUUUAUAGGCUUUUCUUUCAUGUUUAUUGUCCUUUCGGCUAAGGAAUUGAUAUGCUCAUGUCUUUUGUCAUAAAAUUUCGCUGUUGCGUUCUUUUAAGGCUCUUUGAUGAUCUAAGGAUGUUUCCUUCUGUUCUUUUGUUGGUUUCCAAUGUGCUGGAGAAAGUGGUCCUAGAGAAUGUAGCCGUUGUUUACAUUUAUUUUACCCAAGUUGCUCAGCCAACUGCUAGAACUAAUCCCCACUUAAACAACAAACGAAGAGAAGCCUUGUCCAAAACUCUUGCAUUUCUAGCAUCAAUAGGAGCUACCAUUUAUCAUUCAUUUAGGGGAAAAAAAAAAGCUAGCUUUUUACAUUUUAUAGCAUUCUCUCUGGCUAGCAUUGUUUGAGGUACAAAAACUCAGCUUUUCAGAUUCAUCAGCUUUGUUUGCAUCGAGAAAACAAUUGUUUUUAUGGGGUUUUGUGUACACCAGACGAUAUUGGAUUUUCUGCGGGACCCUUAAAGAUGGUAAACUUGCAAUCUGUUUAUCCUGAUUCUUGCCAGAGUGACAUCAUGAUACUGAUUCGGUUUCCAGCUAUAGCUGUCUUUCAUAUUCUUCUAUUUCUAGUUUGAAUUGAAAGCAUCAGCUGUUACAUGUAUCUAGAAAGGCUAUUUGAAGAUUAUUUAUUAAUGCGGUAUUAAAUACUGUUUUUGGGCAUAACAGGCUUUGGAGUCGUUCUACGAGAAGUUUGACCCUGACUUCAUCGAUAUCAGAACCAAAGCACGUGAGGUGCUGCAGAGGGAGGACGACUUAAACGAGAUUGUCCAGGUAAUGCGAUGAUUCAUGUGCCUCGGUUUAAUAAUGUAGACUUGGUCCCAGUAAUAAUAAUUGCACUUGAAAAAUUUAUAUUUCAGCUUCUUUUUCUUAGGAUGUAGUUGCAUCUGGCAUUGCCCGUCUUGGAAAGUUCAGUUCUUCCCAGUCAAUUUUUAAUGUUAUCUUCCCGAAUCCCACACCCUUAAAAGAAGGAUAAAUAAAUAAAUAGGUAGAUAAUUAGAUAGAUAAAUAAAUAAAUAAAUACAUAAAUAAAUAAACAGAUAGAUAGCUAGAUCAAUAAAUAAAUAAAUAAUAUUCUUAUUAUUUGGACGGUUUUCUGAAUGUAGAUAUGGAAAUAAUCUGUACAAUUCUAGUGAUGGCCUUUUAAGGAAAUUUUAUUGGCUUCUCAUUUUAUACCCCCACAGCUCGUUGGGAAAGAUGCUCUGGCAGAAUCGGACAAGAUCACCCUUGAGACUGCCAAGCUUCUACGUGAAGAUUAUCUUGCUCAGAAUGCUUUCACUCCGUAAGUGUCCGUAGCAUCAGUCUUCCUCUCUUUCGCUGCCUUUCUCUUGAUGCCCGAAGCUCAUGCGAUCUUUGUUUACAAUGACAGGUACGAUAAGUUUUGCCCAUUCUAUAAGUCCGUUUGGAUGAUGCGGAACAUCAUCUACUUCAAUACUUUGGCAAAUCAGGUAAUUCUCUCCUUCUGGAAUCCCUUCUUUUUUGUUGGGUGACAUCCGGCUCAGAAGAAUCUAUGCUCCCAUCUACUCAUGGGAUUAAUUUUUUUUUUUUUAAAGGAUUUUUUUAAUCAACCAUUGUCGUAAAAUAAAAGCCCUCUUUUAUAUAUUUUUUAAUAAAUAUUCAUCCGUGAACUGCCAAAAACCUCAGAAUUCCUGUCUAUAUCUUUAAUUAUAUAUUGUUCUUGUAGACUGACCUACUCACCUGGACCCCAGCUAUCUGGGAUCUGAUCCAAAUGCCACCCACUCGCUACGAGUGAAGGAUGGCACUGAACCCAAACUAUCUUCUGAUUCGUAGGAGCAGCAGCAGACAGAUCUUUCUUUCUCAUUUCAUGGAUUUCGGGUCAUACUCAAAAGUUUUAUAUUCCCGUGGAAGGUUCUCGUGGAUUGCAAUGCGUGCGAUUGCUGCCCGUUUUCUUUCUCCGCAUGAGGAAUGCAUCUUUUAAGAAAAUAAAGUCUGGGUGCUGAGAGGGUUGAACAGGAGUCACCAGUCCUCUCUCUCUCUCUCUCUCUCUCUCUCUCUAUCUAUCUCUAUCUCUCGCUCCUCUAUGAGGCAGCCUGUGUGUAUGAUGGGAUCAAAUGGAUCACUGGAGUUGAUCUUGCUUUAUUCCUUUGCUGACGGCGGCCUUCUUGCAGGCGGUGGAACGAGGGGCUGGUCCGGACGGCCAGAAGCUGACUUACAGCGUCAUAAAGCACCGGCUGGGAGAUCUCUUCUACCGCCUAGUGUAAGUCAACUUACUCGCUGGACCGUCUUCUUCAUCGCUGAGUGGGUGGUGGAGAAGGGGGUGCCGAUGGGGCUUGGUAGUUUCUCUGGAGUGCCUGGCCUGCCCCGGUUCUUUCUGAGCCUGAGCCUCUCUGGAUUCAGCCCAGGAAGAAAAAUUACCCUGCCUUCUCCCCCCUCUCUCUCUCUCUCUCUCUCUCUGAAUUUAGCCCAGGAAGAAAAAUAGACCUGCCUUCUCUCUCUCUCUGAAUUCAUCCGUGGAAGAAAAAUAUCCCUGCCUUCUCCCUCACUGCAUCCCGCUACCUCUGUCUCUGUCUGUCUGUUUGUUUGUCUGCCUGUCUGCCUGUCUUUCUGUCUCUCUCUCAGAGAAUCACGAUUCCAGAAACAUCACUCAUUUCUCCCCUCCCCUGGGUGGUUGCAGGUCCCAGAAGUUCGAGGACCCUGCGGAGGGCGAGGACGUGCUGGUGGGGAAGUUCAAGCAGCUCUACGACGACCUGACCAGCGGCUUCCGCAACCUCGAGGACGAGCUCCGGUGA